AUGGGACACGCAAGGACCGAUACUACAAGCAGCCCUCCCCACUAUUUCGACGACGCUCAUCAACAGGAUGCGCCAGAUACAUUGGACUUUGAUUUGGACAGCAUCAUUCCAGAGACCCAUGAACACCGAACAUUAGUUCUUUGCUUCGAUGGAACUGGUGACCAAUUCGACGACGACAACUCAAAUGUGGUCAAUUUCUUUUCUAUGCUCAAGAAAGACAGUCCUCAACAGCAGCUGGUGUACUAUCAAGCCGGUAUUGGCACAUACACGAUACCUCAAAUUGCAAAGCCGAUGGCAGCGAAGUUCAAGAAGGUACUCGAUAUGAUGGUUGGCGUUCAUCUGGACGCUCAUGUGAUGGGUGGAUACGAGUUUCUCAUGCAGAAUUACGAAAGCGGAGACAAGAUAUGCAUAUUUGGGUUCUCCCGCGGCGCCUAUACGGCUCGCGCCUUAGCCGGAAUGAUCCACAAAAUCGGCCUCCUUCCCAGGUGCAAUCAUCAGCAAGUGCCUUUUGCCUAUAAGAUGUACUCUCGGGAAGACGAGAAGGGAUGGCAACAAAGUGGCACAUUCAAACAGUCCUUCUCGAUUGAUGUCGAUAUCGAGUUCCUAGGUGUUUGGGAUACCGUAGGUUCGGUCGGCGUAAUUCCUAAACGCCUACCUUUCACCACUUCGAACACCCACGUUCGAUACUUCCGACACGCGGUAUCGCUAGACGAGCGUCGAGCUCGGUUCAAGCCUAACUUGUGGCAGCGUCAACCCAAGAAUCAGAAGCAACUUGGACUCCCACCUGGCGCUAUGCCUAGAGUGUGGCGACGCCCAACCAGGAAGUCUCUCAGGGAUUUGGAACGCCAGUACAGCGGAGAUGGGGAAUGUGCGACUGAUGUCGAGGAAGUCUGGUUCGCUGGGUGUCAUACCGACGUCGGAGGUGGAGCAGUGCCUAACAACACUAGACACAGUCUUGCUCGGAUCCCCUUGCGUUGGAUGAUCAGACAAUGUUUCCUCCUCAAGACGGGAAUCAUGUUCCACCGGGAAAUGCUGAAGAUAGUCGGGAUGGACCCUUCGACUCUGUAUCCGGACGUUAUACCCAGACCUCCAGCGCUCACCGGCACCGUCGCCCCAACUCCUUCGAAUCAUGGAAGACAACCUACAGGGAGCUCUGUGACGACUGAGGACACCCGUAUCGGUCAUUUCACGGGAGAUUUUGUGAACGAGGAGGAAGAAGAAUUCAAGGAUGCGUUGAGCCCAGUCUAUGAUAUGCUCAAGAAGAAAUGGGGAUGGUGGAUCUUGGAGGUUAUACCGCAGACGUUGAAAUAUCAGAACGAUGAUGAUUAUUCUUGGGUGCAGGAGAUGACAUGGGGAAACUGGGGCAAACCGCGACAUAUUCCGCAUAAGCAUGGGGUCAAGGUGCAUCGGUCGGUGAAGAUUAGGAUGGAUGCUGAGGCGGAAGCGUUGAAGUUGAAGGAAAAGUAUGUUCCUAAGCCGAAGUGGAACUUUGACCCAAUUUGGGUGGAUUGA